UCGCCGCCAUUUUAUGUGGAUGAGUUUCAUUUUACAGCGCAGCUGUAGGACGGAGAACCUCAGGAAACAAUUCAACCUAUCUCUCUUUAAACUGUUAAUGGGGAAUUGACUACUAUGAACUGAAACUCUUCCUAAAAUCAAUUAACAAGUAGAUCCAAGUUAAGUGACGCAUAAGCCAGUAGAUUCCAGUGUCGAUUUGUAAUUUUUUUUGCACUUAAAUGUAGCUAGAGGAAAUGGCCGUGGAAAGCAUGACUGUCCAUCCAAACUCCCCAACAACAACCAACCACGAACACAUCAACAGCCUUCUCACUGACGAAAGGCAAGAGGAUGAAGAGCUGGAGGAAGGUGAGCUGGAGGACGACGGGGGUGAGGCAGAGCCGCCCAGCCGGGGAGGGGAAGCCCAGGAGAAGCCACACCGCAGUAAGGAGCGCCAUGCCAGCGGAUCCGAUGACGACAAAGCCCAUCGCCGGAAGAGGAAGAGGAGGAAAGAGAGAGAGAGGGAGAAAGAGAAGAGAAGGGCCAAAAAGAGACGCAAAUCUAGGCACAAGCGACACGCCUCCUCCAGUGAUGACCACUCCGACUUCAGCGAUGAUUCGGACUAUAGCCCAAGCGAAAAGAGGAAGUACCGGGAGUACAGCCCCCAAUACCCUCCUCAGUCUCAUUCAGGUUACCCCCCACCACCGACUGCAAGUCAUGGUGGACCUAUGCCCAAAAAAGUGGGAUACAUGAAGAUGGACAAACAAGGCUAUGGAGGUUACGACGAGUAUGAGGAUGAAACCUAUGAGGGAGAGGAGGAUGAGGAGAUGGUCGAGGAAGACUAUGACGACUUUGCCAAGGAGCUGAACCAGUAUCGCAAGGCCAAAGAGGGUGGUGGGAGUGGCAACAGAGGGGGUCGAGGUAACAGCCACGGGGGCAGAGGUGGUAAAGGCCGGCUGAAAAACCAGCGUGGGCGUGGCCGGGGAGGAAUGAGAGGGCGUGGCGGAAGAGGUGGUGGUGGGAGGGGCCGUGGACGGGGCAAAAUGGUCGGAGACAAUGACGAUGGAGAUGGGAUGAUGUAUGGAGACGAGAUGGAGUAUGGAGACGACGAUUAUGACAACAUGGGAGAAGAUGAUUAUGAUGAUUACUCUAAAGAGUUGAAUCAGUACAGGAAGUCAAAGGAUCGUGGCCGAGGUGGUAAAGGCGGGCGAGGGCGUGGCCGGGGCAAGGGAGGUCGCGGCAUGAACCGUGGUCGAGGGAGGAAUAGAGGCAGAGGACGAGGAGACCAGAUCCAUGAUGAAGACAACAAUGGAGAUAUGGAUAUGGGGGACGGUGGAGGCGGCCAACGGAGGAAUGACCAGGACAAGCACGGACAGGACAAGAAAGGCAAAGCUAUUUGCAAGUAUUACGUUGAAGGACGCUGCACUUGGGGAGAACACUGCAAUUUCAGCCAUGACAUUGAACUGCCCAAGAAGAAGGAGCUCUGCAAGUUCUACAUCACCGGCUUCUGCGCGCGGGCAGAGAACUGUCCAUACAUGCACGGAGAUUUUCCCUGCAAGCUGUUUCACACCACCGGAAGCUGUGUUAAUGGGGAAGAGUGUAUGUUCUCCCACAAAGCAUUGACAGAAGACACCCAGGAUCUUCUGGACAAGAUGCUCGCAGAGGAUGCAGAAGCUGGGGCUGAAGAUGAAAAGGAGGUUGAGGAGCUUAAAAAGCAGGGCAUCAACCCCCUGCCCAAGCCCCCUCCUGGGGUAGGAUUGCUGCCAACGCCCCCUCGCCCUGGUCCUGCAGACUCAAAUGCCCCCGUAGAUUUUGGACCUCCUGGUCCUCCACCAGGUCACAUGGCACCACCAGGCCCACCGGGCCCAGGUGGUGGUCCAGGACCAGGUCCUUGCCCACCUCCUUGUCCAGAUGGAGGCCCCUAUCAGGGACCACCUAAUGCGAACGGACCUCUGCCACCUCCUAUGGGCCCUCCACCCUCCUGUCCUGGGAACUCUGGAAAGAAGAUUCCAUCUCUUUUUGAGAUUGUGGUGCAGCCCACAGGACAGCUGGCUCAGAAGCUUGGCGUCAGAGGCCAAGUUCCUGGAGCUCCUCCGGGCCCUCCAGGCCCUCCUGGCCCCCCUGGACCUUCGGGACCUCCGGGACCUCCGAUUGGCCCUCCCCCCCGCUUUCCUGGUCCUCCUCCUCCAGGACACAUGGGACCUGCCCCGCCUGGAAUGAUGCCCCCCGGACCCCAUGACAUGCCUCCCAUGGGUCCUCCCCCUUCGAUGGGACCAGGGCCUCCGAUGAUGGGAAACUUUGGUCCAGGAGAAGGACCACCUCACCCCGGAAUGAUGCCUCCCGGACCUCCACCACCCGGGGGAAACUACUACGACAAUUUCUACCACCAGAAACAGGGCAUGGAGAUGGAGGACAAUGGCACAGAAGGAGAGGAGUACCAGGAGUACGGCGGCAUGUCAGAGGGUGAAGGGAGCAGCUUCGGCGAUCAGGCCUCUGGGAAGCAAGGCGCGAUGAUGGCCGCUGAGGGCUCCUCCGGCAGCGCCUCCGGCAGCCAGCAGGCGGGUAUGGCAGUGCCGGACUUCCUGCCGCCCGCCCAGCGCGUGCUCUUCAUGAGGAUACAGCAGAAGCAGCAGGAAGAGGAGGAACGCGCGCGGCGGCUGGCGGAGGGCGGGGCCGAAAGAGACACUGAAGGUGAUUCUGCCAACUGGUAUUCCAGUGAGGAUGAGGAUGGAGGUGGCAGUGUCACGUCUAUCCUGAAGACACUUCGGCAGCAGACUCAGGGGGGUGUGAAAUCUGAGGGGGGUCCCAGUGACCCCCGACUGCAGAAGGCCUCCUCCCUGCAGCCUCCCAGCCGCCCUGCCGAUCCCCGUCUGGCUCGUGACCCGCGCCUGUCCCGGGCCUCUGACCCCGGCUCAUCUGCCGAAUCCGGUGCGGCCGCCUCUCCCUCCUCUGCCUCGUCUAGCACUCCGGCGGACCCUCGUCUCGCCCGACACGCAGCCUCGCUUCACCACAAGCCCGACGUCCCCCAUGCCCACAAGCCCUCUGCACCCACCCCAGGCGAAGAGGAGGAAGUGGAGCGGGUGCUGAGAGACAAGCCAGUGCCCAUCCCCCUGGACCCCCUGAUGGGGAUGGCCCUGAGGGACCCACGUUCCCAGCUGCAGCAGUUUAGUCACAUUAAAAAGGACAUCAUCCUCCACAAGCCUCACUUCUCCAAGGGUAUCCUGUGGAACCCUGAGGACCUGAUCCCUGUGCCCAUCCCCAAGCAGGACUUCCUUCCACUUCCUCCGGGAAUCCCGCCCGUCAGCUCUCUCGAUCCUCGUCUUUCUCGGGCGCAGCAGCAGCUCCACACUGCCCCCGCCUUAGCUGCAGCGGCUCCGCCUCCUGCAGCCGCCGAUCCCGCAGCGCCCGCCGCCCUCCCAGACUUUGAGCUGCUGUCCCGCAUCCUCAAAACGGUCAAUGCCACUGGCACCUCCCCCACCCCCCCUUCGUCAUCGGGGCCCCCGCCCGCAGCUCCUGCUGCCACGGAAAAGCCCAUCGAUCCUCGAACGGCCCGCAAGGCACCCGCUGACCCCCGACUUCAGCCCCAGAAGUCGGCGCUCAAGCAACCUGCUGAUUCCCCAGCCCCGCCGGCUUCGACACCCUCAUCUGCCUCCUCCCCACCCGCGAUUGCCCCCUAUGACCCUCGGCUGCUCUCCGCAGGAGGCACUAGCCGGGGGGUGGGCAGUGGCGGGGGCAGCCAGAGCAGCGUCUUGAGCGGGAUCAGCCUCUAUGACCCACGGACUCAGAGCGCGGCCAAGUCCGAAGGGGCCGGCACCACCACGAACACUAGCAGCGCCACCAGCACCAGCGAGCCGGCCAAGGCGAAGGCCAAAGAGCCAUUGUUUGUGCGCAGGUCAGCUCUGGACCAGCCCGAGGCGGAGAAGAGCGGCGCCGAGCCUGUGACGGACCGCUACAACAGCUACAACAGACCGCGCCCCAAGCCCGCUCCCUCACCAUCAGGGAGUGCGAGUACAGGUGCGGUCGCUGGCACCUCCUCCGCCGGUCCUGCACCCACUGCAACCUCAGAGCAGCCACCGCCUGCCGUCCACAAUCUGCCCGUUUCCACCCUCUUUAGUAUGGUGAAGCAGGCGAGCAAACCCAGCGGGACCGGUAGUCCCUUUGGUGGCAGCAGCCCAGCUGAGACUGACAGCGCCGACCAGGAUGCAGCCUCGCUCAAGGACGUCUUUAAGGGCUUCGACCCCACUGCCUCACCCUUCUGCCAGUGAACAGUGCUCUCACCCUCUCUGUUCUUUUUAAAUGUCCAGCGCAACAAUAUGUACAUGUGCUGGGGGCGGAUGGAGAUGUGCGUCUGCUUUUCCCUGUCCUUGAUAUAUCACAGUGUUGGAAAAUUCUAUAAAACUUUGGGGGUUGGGGGGUAUGGGUGAUACUUAUGACUAAAGGGGAAAACUUCUAUUUUAAAGCAAACUUUAAAAAAAAUGUAUAAAAUAAAUGUAUUCCCGUUUCAUGAAUCCCUCCAUAAUUUACAAGGAAAUAAAGUGAAAAAGCCACAUAGUUCUAUGUACCUUGGCUUUAUUUUGUGAAAUACACUCCGGCAGCCUCCGUCAUUUAUGUAAUACUGUUCUGAGGGUAGAUGGCCUUUCCUUUGUUUUUUUCUCCCCCACUGGUCCUGUUAGAAGGUUUCCUGAAUAAUUGCUUCUUCUGCUCUGUCCACAUGCGUGUGCAGUAUUGCUGCACAAGUCCUGUCAUUCCAGAACUGGAGGAAGUCGGAUGAUAGAAAGCAUGCACUGCCACAGAGAAAACCAGGAGUUUUCUUUUACUAAGAGGACAGUUUAUUUCGGCUAUCAACCGUCAAUAAUCACAGUUGUAUUUUAACAAUUUUUAGCUAUUCUCUGUUGCCGUAUACUAGCUUUAACCCUGUGUGUUUGUUUUUAUUUUUGUUUUGUUUUCAGGUGGGAAAAGGUUGCAAUCACACGCUUUCAGACCCUGCUUGGCUUAAAAAAAAGGAAAAAAAAAAGAAAAAGCUAUUGUACAAUGGAAAUCCGCUCCUGAUUUUUUUGUGUAAUAUAUCAUCUUUAUUUAUUUUUUAUACUUAACAAAGAAAAUCUGUUUUGUUUUGUUGUUUGGCAUUUGAAUUUGAUCUUUUUUUUUUAGUUUCCUCACUCUACUCAAAAUAAGAUGUAAUUUAAAAUGUGCAACCUGUACAGUGAAAGAAGAAAAAAAAUCAGAUCAGGAAGUUUUUAAAAAAUUGAGAAAAAGAAAGCAAAAAAAAAAAACCCCCCCAUGCACUUUCCACCUCAGUUCAAAAUGGAAAAACGUCGGCUUUGUAAAUCCCUAUUUGAGAGAACGCAACAUUUUGUAAUCAUUUACUGUAGUUGAGACUGAAGUAUUUAAUAAAGGCGAUACAAGCUCAACUUCAGAAUGAA